AUGGCUCAGAAUCAACAACCAAUUUUUCAGACCAAGCCACAAGAACAUCUUGUGCAGAUCCCACUCAACAUCGAGCGUGAUUCAACCACACUCAUAAACCAAAUAGGAAACUCAAACCGGAAACCAAACCAUUGGCCAACCAUUAUCCUCUCAAUCAUCUUCGUAAUCACAGGUCAAACCAUAGCAAAACUCCUCGAAAACUUCUACUACGACAAAAUCAACCGAAGCGAGUACAACGAAAGCCGUCAAAACGACGGCGUUUGGACUCAAUCUCUCCUCCAAACCGUUGGUUUCCCUCUCCUCCUCCUCCCUUUCAUCAUCCUCACCAAGAAACACAACCAACAACAACAACCUCCGAUCACUUCCGAUAAUUAUCAUUACAAAUCCUUAGCCAUAAUCUACAUUUGCAUCGGAAUCAUCAUGUCGGUUCAAGGAAGACUCGCCGCCAUGGGAAAACUCGAUAUCCCCUUUGGUAUUUUCACUCUGAUCUACACAACGCAGCUCUUCUUCACUCCGAUUUUCGCAGCUUUCAUCAACAAAAUCAAAUUCAACAGAUGGGUCGUGAUCUCUUUGAUCUUAGCAAUCGUCACCGGAGCUCUCACUCUCUCCUCCUCCUUCGGCGGCGAGCCAGACGAGGCGGAGGUGAAUUACGCUAGUGGCUCAUGGGCUGCUCUGUUCGCCGGAAUCUGUUUCUCUCUCCUUCUCUGUAACAUCCAAAACGUUUUCGACAAUUACGUCUUCAAACGCACCGAAUCAACCGUUAAAAAACCAAGCUUUGCCUCUGUUUUCGAAGUCUUGAUCUUCUCUUCACUCGUCGCUACGAUUAUCUCCGUCGUGGGUUUGUUAAUCGCCGGCGAGCAAGAUGAUUUGAAGAGGGAAAUGAAUGGUUUUUCAAAGGGGAAAGGUUCGUAUGUUAUGGCUAUGGUGGGUCAAGCUGUUUCGUGGCAGGUCUAUUGGGUUGGGAUCGUGGGACUUGUCUUCUCUGUCUCGAGUGUGUUGUCGAAUGUGAUCAGUGUUAUUACAUGGCCGAUUGUGUCGGUUCUUGUGGUGCUCUUCUUCAAUUUCAUGGACGAUGAGAUUGAUGUCUUUAAAGGUAUUGCCUUGAUUACUGCUGUCUUAAGCGCUGCAGCUUAUUUUUUUAGGGCAUCUCGAACCCCAUUCGAAAUCCUACUCUAA